CAGGACCCUGGGCUCGCCGACUUAGCCACCCAGGCAUCCCCAUAGUAGCUUUAUAAGUGAUUAAUCUACCACCUUUAUAUUAUUCUAAAUUUUACUGUACCUUCACCAGUGAGAUUUAUACUUUUAUGUGUUUUCCUGUUACUAAUAAGCACCCUUUCUUUUCAGCUUAAAGAAGUCCCUUUAAUAUUUCUUAAAAGGCCAGUUUAGUGGUGAUGAACUCCUGUAGUUCAAAACUCUCUCUCCUUCACUCCUGUAUGACAGCUUUGCUGGGCAGAGUGUGCUUUGAAGUGUUUUCUUUCACUGCCUUGAGUAUGGCGUGCCACUCCCGGCUGGCCUGCAAAGUUACUGCUGAAAAAUCUGAUAGUCUUAUGGGGAGUUCCCUUGUAUGUAACAAGUUAUUUUUCUCUUGCUGCUUUUAAGAUUCUCUCCUUGUAUUUUAACAUUUUAACAGCUUAAUUAUAAUGUGACUUAGUGUGGGUCCCUUUAGGUUCAUUUAUUUGGAAUUCUCUGAGCUUCCUCGAUCUGGAUGUCUGUUUCCUUCUCCAGCCAGGUUAGGGAAGCUUUCAGCCAUUAUUUCUCCAAAUAAGUUUUGUGCUCCUUUCUCUUCUCCUUCUGGGACCCCUGUAAUGUGAAUGUUGGUCCACUUGAUGUUGUCCCAUAAGUACCUUUUUUUUUUUUUUAAGAUUUUAUUUAUUUAUGUGACAGAGACAGAGAUAGAGACAGCCAGCAAGAGAGGGAACACAAGCAUGGGGAGUGGGAGAGGAAGAAGCAGGCUCAUAGCAGAGGAGCCUGAUAUGGGGCUCGACAUAACGCCAGGAUCAUACCCUGAGCCGAAGGCAGACGCUUAAUGACUGUGCCACCCAGGCGCCCCAUGUCCCAUAAGUACCUUAAGCUGUCUUCACUUUUCUCAUUCUUUUGCUGCUCUGAUUAUGUCAGGCAGUUCUGUUGAAACCCUCUCGCUUAUUUUUCAGUUCAGUUAGUUUGUUCUUCAGCUCUAUGAUUUCUCUUUGGUACUUCUUAUAUUUUCUAUCUGUUGAAGCUCUUACUGUGUUCACUCUUCUGCCAAGUUCAGUGAGCAUCUUUAUGACCAUUAUUUUGAACUCUUUCUCAGGUAAAUCACUUAUUUCCAUUAAGGACUACUUCUGAGAUUUUAUCUUGUUCCUUCAUUUGGAACAUAUUUUUCUGUUUCUUCAUUUUCCUCGAUUCUUUGUUGGUUUCUGUGCAUUAGAUAAAACAGCCAUCUCUCCCAGUCUUGAAGGAGUGGCCUCGUGUAGGUGAACCUUAUUGUUCAGGACUGCCUUCGUUUUGGUUUUCUCUCAAACCUUUGAUUGUCCAAGCAGCCUAUUUAUUUUUAGUGGCUCCCAGUUGUUUCACGUGUGACAAGACCUGUCAGUGUUCUGAAGGGGGAGGAUGUCACUUAGCAGCUUCUAACAUAUGCAGAUAAACAUAGUCCUGUGGGACUGCAAGUGUCCUUUUCAUUGGCCAGCAGAGUCUGGUGGUCUAGAAGUGUCCCCUGGACAGCAGUCACAAAAAUCAGGACAUCAGACAGGUGUACAAGUUCCUUUCCAGGAGAUACUGGAGACUAGGAGUACGGCAAAGGGAAGACACAAAGAUGGCAUCCCCUGGCUUGGUCCCUGGAGUAAGCCUCAGCGGGCCCCCAGACGUGUGCCAAGGCAGGAGCCUGCCCCUAAGGCUAAAGCUCCAGGACAAGCAAUAGGCUUUUUCACAGAACAACAGUCUGUUUCAGUUGGCUGUCCGUGCAGUGCCCUGGGGGUGGUAGCAAGGGAGAAUGGUCUCUUCAUUUGUUACAGUCCCAUGGGACCCAGGGACGCAAGCCCUGCUGACCACCAGAGCCGGCAGUCGGUGGAUAUGCCCUGGGUGGCAGCCAUCAAAGCCAGGGCACAGACACACGGAGAAGCUCCUGUCCGGGAAAGACGGGCAUUCUGGAGAGGACUGCAGUGGAUGCUUACAUCCGUAUGUGCUUCAUUAGAAGCCUGCCCGUCAUGCCCCAUGCUAGAACUAUUUUUAAAGCUUUUUUAAAAUGUUAAACAUGAACAUGUCCUAUGAUCCAGCCCUUCCACUCCUCUGUAUUUAACCAGAGAAAGGAAGGCGUAUGUCCACACGGCUGCCUAUACGUGGGGGUUUUACGUCAUGUUCUCCAUCAGCUGCACUUGUAAUAGGCUCCAAGGCCAGACGUGAGUAAGCGAAUAAACCUGGGUCUGCGCCGUGGAACAGCACCCAGCCUCGUGAAGGAAGGAGUUGUUGAUCCGCGCAGCAACCGAGGAGAACGUCGGAAGAACUCUGCUGCGUGAGAGGCCAAACCAACAAAUCCUCGUAUUGGGAUUCCAUUACAUGAAGUCUAGGAAAUGUAAAAAUAGCGACAGAACAUCAAUGGUUGCGUGGCAGUGGGGCUUGAGGGUGAGGGAGUGAUGGAUUCAAGGAGCACGAGGAAAUCUGGAGGGGGCGAUGGAUAGAUUGAUCCUGUCGAGUCAUGGUGUGUGCAGUGUAUGCACAGGAUUCAGAACUCAUCAAGUUGCACACUGGUCAAGUGCUGCAGCAGCUCAGUCACGCCUCGACAGGGCUGUAAAAACUAGGUAUAUAUUUGAGUGUGAUGGCUCCUGGGAAAAGCGGAGGGACGGGUAGGGGAGGAACGCACUUCUUCAUCGGUGCUCACCAUAUUGUUACAUAAAUGCAAAGCUGAGGGGGCCAACGUGGAAGAGCAGGGGCGGUCUCAGUGCCGUCCGCGGCAGCCGGUGCUCGGGAGGCUGUCCCCCGGCGUCCGUCCUGCCGCACGGUCUCCCACGCCGCUGGGUGCACGGAGGGCACACAUGGUCCUGCAUCUUUCUCCCAGCCCCCGGAGCAGUGCCUUAUUACAUUUCCUUUCAAAAAUCUUUGUGAUGGCCGAAACUGUACUUAACAUUUAUUACAACAUGAGUUACGUGUCAUUAACAAAAAGCUGAGACUCAGGUUAUUUCUUACUGGCAUCUUCUUUAGUUAACAUGCUUUCCACUUGCUAGUUUUAUUCCAGUCAAACCCAGUUUAGUAAUAAAAACCCAGGAGGAAUUCUUUUGAACUUCCUGAUUGGCCACAUUGUUGCCUCCUUGUCUUUCUGCAGAUCGGAUUUGUAUCCACUGUGACCAGCACGCUCAGUUAGGACUUUCCAGAUCCUGACCCAGGACUGUGGAGUAACCAGAUUCCUCACAAGAAGGAGACAGUGAUUUUGCAUUCCUUGGUGGAAGAAAACCAAACCCUCUGGUCUUGCUUCCAACGAUGCAAGUGUGAUUGCUGGCAUCUUCAUGAGCUCCAGAGGUCACAGCACACUUCCACGGACUCUCAUGGCCCCUCGGAUGAUUUCUGAGGGCGACGUAGGAGGCAUCGCUCAAAUUACCUCCUCUCUCUUCCUGGGCAGAGGCAGCGUGGCUUCCAACCGGCACCUCCUCCAGGCUCGGGGCAUCACCUGCAUCGUUAACGCUACCAUCGAGAUCCCCAAUUUCAACUGGCCCCAGUUUGAAUAUGUUAAGGUGCCUCUGGCCGACAUGCCCCAUGCCCCCAUCGGACUGUACUUUGACACGGUGGCCGACAAGAUCCACAGCGUGAGCAGGAAGCAUGGGGCCACGUUGGUGCACUGUGCCGCAGGGGUGAGCCGCUCGGCCACUCUCUGCAUUGCUUACCUGAUGAAAUGCCACAGCGUGUGCCUGCUGGAGGCCUACAACUGGGUGAAGGCCCGCAGGCCCGUCAUCAGGCCCAAUGUAGGCUUCUGGAGGCAGCUGAUAGACUACGAGCGCCAGCUCUUCGGGAAGUCGACAGUUAAAAUGGUACAGACGCCAUAUGGCAUAGUUCCAGACGUUUAUGAGAAAGAGUCCCGACACCUGAUGCCUUACUGGGGGAUAUAAUGCCACCAAAGCCUGCAUCAGCAGCCCCUCGAGCAGUACCAGCAUCUGCUACUCACCGUCUGUUCCCCUCUUCACCUUUCUUUUCAAAUGGUUGACUUUUGGUUCUCCCUGAAGUGUUUUUUACACUGGGUGUUCAAGUUUAUUUUAAAAGCUAGGGAGGGAGGGGAAGAACAUAAGGGGAAUGCAUACAUUGCUAGUAACAUUUUAAAAACUAACAUUUUGGAAUAGUGUUUAUGAAAAUCUUUAACUGGCUUUUAAUCAUUUUUAACAAUUUGAACAGUUUAAUAAACUGGUUCUGCUCUAUUCUGAAUCCCAUGCCUUUAGGCAUCAUGGCAGGUGCAGGAGGAGCUCAGUGCAAAAAUCACUUUGGGUCCUGAUUAACCCUUUAGAGACCAGCUUUGCCUAAGGCUGCCGACCAAACAAAUGCUUAGGGAAGAUUGAAACCAGCUUCAGUCUCUACUGGAUUAGCCCUACUCUUUCCUUUCCUAUUAUUUCGUGACUCUGUAAGUUAAAAACCUAAACCUUUAUUAUCUAGUUGUUAAGUAAUUAUAAUGAAAUCUGCUGCAGACACCCUCUUGGAAUCAUUGUGCCCCAGGACUAUAUUAGCAUUAUUUUUAAUAAAUAUAUCUGCAUAAUAUAUUAGAAUUUUUACUAAGAACAUCAGGGUGUGUAUGUGUCUGUGUGUUGAUGCUGGAAAAAAGAUGCCCUGCACUAACUCCGUUCAAAUACGGUUCCUGUGCCAACUCUGAAUGUUACUUCAAACAGACAACCCAGCUGAGUUAUGUCAACGUUUCACAUCCUUGCAGAUGGCACAUGUCAGUAUCACUCACAAGCCCAGAACCGUGGAAGACAGCAUGGAGCGGACGCUCGGAUAAAAGGUCCUGUUUCCAGCGGUCUCUUGGUAGCGGGAGCGCACUGCGCCGGAGCAACGAGCCCGCCACCAGACGCUGCUUAACAAAAGCUCUGCCUUUGCUGGACUGUUAACAAACACAAAAAUGCCCUAAGCCAAACCUCAAAGUGAUAAGCAAAUGUCACUCCUCAGGGACCCGGCAGAAGUUCACUUGCUUCUCCCCUAGUCCACACCUUACAAGCUACUGGGAGUCAUCCAGCUGCCCUGGCUUUGUUUUACUUCAGUUGCCAAGUAGGCUGCAGCUUGUUUAUUCAUGGAAGAACUUGCUAGAUUUUUGGCCUCUUUUGGCAAGAAGCCAUAAAUACAAUGUCUGUGGCUACAUGCUUAUAUAUAUUUUCUAGAUCCUACCUGGUCUGUGGCAGUGGUUUCCAUCCGAAUUCUACCUUGUGGUCUUCAUACCAUUUACUUUUAUAAACCUGCACCAUUGUCUAAAUAGGAAAAUUAAAAUGAAGUUAAUUGUUUCAAUGGGAAAUUGGAGGAACCCAUAAAUGCUACAUCAGCACAUGGUCAAGAAUCCACCAAAAGAACAAAACAAUCCACGGCUGUGGAGGCUGUGGCUUCUCUAGCAUGAAGGCAAACUCUAAGUCUUGUAGUCUUUGGGUAAGAGUCCAGAAAUAACUGCUGUACUACAGGAAGGGAACACUUGGUGAUGGACGUUCGUGGUAGGAAAAUUUCCUGCAGAAAUCCUGGCUAGCACCACGACUGGGAUGUAACUAAGCAUUCUUAGUACUUAGGCCUAACACCUUUCUAAUCUAAAUGUCAGAGCUUAGUAGCCGCUCACCAAGGAAGGCGUGUGACCCAGAGGGUGUCGGGGAUUUCUGCAGCGAUCCCCAGCGCCAAGCAAGCGUUGCAAAUUUCUGUAAUGUAAGGGGCCUAUAAUCCCUCCCAAGCUUGAGAUCACACAAGUCAUUAAAGGAGAAGGCAUCUUUAAAAUACACAACCUAUAGACAGUGCUAACUAGUAGCCACGGAGAAAACAAAGCCUGGCUGGUGAGCCUUUUCUACCUCAAGCGCGUCCAGAUUCAGUUCCACACGGCCCUAGAAUGCCGAGAGCCGAACACAAUACCGAGAGAAGAGCGCUUACUAAUCGCCACUCAGGCGGUGGGCUUGAAGCUGCCUGCAUGAUUCACAGUACGGAAAUAAGUAACCUUGGUUACUGUUUCCAAGGACACUGGACUCUCGGCUAAUAAGAGCCGGGUGAAGCUGAAUGCAACGCGGAGCCAGUCGAAUGAACUUGCGUACAUCAGGAAAACAGCAGUACGCCACGCUCCCGAGAUCCCUGGUGGCCCGAGCGUGAGCGCUGCCGCUGAUGGACAGGCACUACGAGUAGGGGACAGCUGUCAUAGCCCAGGCUUCUUGGUGACGUCUGCCGUUCCCUCCUGCACCUCCCGUGGAGCGACUACAGCCCUCAUACUUGGUAAGGCCAGCAGCAAUUACACUUAGAUUCUGGAAUCUAGGAAUGGAACCAUUCCGGUUAGCAGGUGAGCGUACUUUUUAAAAUGUCACGGACACAGGCCAUUGCGACAGGAUAAUGGUCCAUAUGGCACUCCCCCAAACUCUCAGCAUUGUGAACCCUAACCGGGCAGGUAGACUUUGCUAUCGCGGUCUCUUAUGGAAUGUACGAGAUCAACGAGAAGCUGCCUGAACCCCAGUGCCAGGAGGAAACGAGGUGCCGCUCAGGCAGACGUGGAGCACACAGGCCUCGGGGAAGCCUGAGGAACCGGCCCACUCGUGUGGUUCCUAACACUCUGCGAGCCCCACGGAGGACAAAGGCCCUGAGGGUAAUAAUUCAGACAGCUGUGUCAGCCGGAGAUGAAUCUGGAGACGAAGAGAAAAGCAGAUUCAUCUCCGCACCUCUCCGCACUCGGGCACAGCCAAGGGGAA